CUCAAAGUUGGUCUGUUUCUCCGUCACACUUUGGAGGCUUGACGCAACAGGUGUGGAACAUUACUGGUGUUAAAACUCGAGGACGGACCAGGGGUUAUGCUGUGACAACAACCUUCUGCUGGACGUCCAACUUGGAUGAGAAGGCGUGUCUACUGAGAAGUUCCCCUCCCACUGUUUCAGUUGGACCUCAUCUGGUGACGCAGCCGACCCUCUGGUCCACCUUCAAGUUCAAAACGUAGGCAGAGCCUCUCAUUUAUUGUCUCACCUUCAUCAUCUGCAGCCCAGUGAACAUGGAGGAGUCCUCGGAUCAGUGGGUUCCGCCGGGUCUGCUCAGCUCGGACCCUCUUGCUGCCUUUUGCUCCGAGUCUCCGCUGCUGUCAGCAGGCGAGGACCGCGAGUUCUUCUCCAGUCAGGACUCGGACUACACCUGCCUGCCCUCUGUCUACUCCAGCCCAGGUCACGGUCGAGCACCGUCCUCCUACAAGCACAACUCUGUGCGCCAGGUGUUCUCCACCCCGAGUCUCCUCAGUAAUCUGCAGCUGCUGGAUGGCCUCAGCAGCCACCCCCUCUCCUCCAAUGUGGCCUCUUCCACCUGGAGCAGCAGUCCACUCCCCAAAGCCCCGCUGUACUCGCAUGCUUCCCCCUCCAUGCACAACCCCAGCCUCGCCUCCGCCUUCUCCAGCUCGAAGGACGGGUAUCUCAGUCCGAGUGCAGAAGGGCGGGAGAGCCCCUUGGUGCAGGAGGCCCUGAAGGCCGAGCGCGGGAGCCCCCUGGAGGUCCUGGGCUCCGGUGGCAGCUUUCUGAAUUUGACCCCCACCGUCGGCAGCGUGUACUCAACUUCCUCCCAUGCUCACAUGAUGAGCCCCUAUAGCCCAUUCAUGACUGCCUCCCAGGACAUCGGCGCAGCAGGGCUCUACCCCAGCCCCGGGCCCUGGAUGAGCCCCUCGUACUCCCCCAAACUUUGCCCCAAGAUGAGGAUUUCCCCUCCAGAGGCCCGAGAGUGUGUGAACUGCGGGGCCACUGCCACCCCACUGUGGCGUAGAGACGGCACAGGUCACUAUCUGUGCAACGCCUGCGGCCUGUACCACAAGAUGAACGGCCAGAACCGGCCGCUGAUCCGGCCCAAGAAGAGACUGAUUGUCAGUAAGCGGGCAGGUACGCUGUGCGCCAACUGCCACACCAGCACCACCACGCUGUGGAGGAGAAACGCCAGCGGUGAGCCGGUGUGCAACGCCUGCGGACUCUACUUCAAGCUCCAUAACGUCAACAGGCCCCUCACAAUGAAGAAAGAAGGAAUUCAAACCCGCAACAGGAAAGUCUCCAACAAGAACAAGAAGAGCAAGAAGGCGUCCACGUUGGGGUCUCACACGGAAGCGGGGCAGCCGACCUCUUUGGACGAUAGCUUCUCCCUCAUCCCCGGGACUCUCCUGAGCUACGGGCACGCGCCUCACCUCAUCCCAACGCAGCCCGCCGCACAGGCCUCCAGCAGUUUACCCUACACACACUACACACACACCACUGGACUGGUGCCCACCCUGGUGUGACCCCCCACUGAGUGAGCCUUCCGAGACAAGCGUAACGGCGUGGCUGGGUGAUACACGUGUGAACUGAACCAGCAUAGUCUCGAUGCUCGGUUAUGUGUGUUCCAUUGGCAGCUGCAGUUCCUUCCAUCCAUCCCAUCACCUCGACUUCUCAGGGGCUUUCUGGUUAAUACGUACGUGCUUCUUCUCACUGUAUAGCAGGUGAUGAAUCGACACACUGACAUCAAAGGUUCGGAUAAAGUCACUUGUGUACAAAAUCAGAGGAUUUAGCUUUUGUUUUUUUUUUAGAAAUACACUGCCUGGCCAAAAAAACUGGUCACACAUUUUAAUGUGUCGUUUGCUUCACGUUGCUUCUUCAAAGGUCCUGCAAUGCCACUGUAUUUUCAGUAUGGCAUUACGUUUCCGCCGAGAUCUCGACUGGAGAGUCCGACCUCUGUGCCAAACCUCUGUUGUAAAUGCUCCAUUGAGGGACGUGUUGUGAGAUCUUAUAUGGAUGUCAACCUAAGUCGAGAGGAGAUGCCUGUUCCAGACGCGUGGCACUGGCCCAAUGUGCAUGGUGGAAAGACGGUGUGAGUCGGUGCUCAGCUUGCUAUUCGCACAGGUAACAGCAGGAGACUUAGGUUUACAUCCACAUAAGAUGUCUGCGUUGACAGGACAUACCGAGUGUAACAUGUUCCUGAAUGGAGCAUUCCAUUGCACUUGUGGAUAGAGGGGUAACAUCCCCGUUACAAAGCCUCCUCCAGCAGUUCCCGCAGGGUCUCAGCAGGGUUAAGGUCUGGACUAUGUGCUCCCACCUAGAUAAUGCCUGCCAUUGAAGAAACAACCUGCUCAUUCAGCGUGUCCAGGUAGUCUGUUGGUCUGACCAAUAGGAGCCUUGCGCUCUGUACAAACAAGGCGGCAACUUCUUCUUUUUUUUUUUUGUUUGUUUCUUUUUGGCAUUUAGUUGUUUUUAUUUGCUGAGAUCCUAUUUGUGUUUACAGAGUUGAAAUGUGUCUUUAAGCUUGAUAAAAAAUAAAAUGAGUGAGUUUCUUUUC